CAGAGAAACGUCGACAAUCGUACGGCACUAUAGCAGACGCCUCUGUAUUGAACAAGCGAUAUUUAACUCGAUGAGGCAAACUCUUCAAAUCUUUGUUUGUGACGUGUCUGAAGUUCAGUAGAUAUAACAGUCACUUGUCAAAGACAGAUCAUCAUAACAGACGUCCGCAGCUCAUUUCAUCAUCAUGGCAAACACCUCGGCUUUGAGCCUGAACUCCAGCGUCGCCGGGUGGCACCGUCUACCAUGGUACCAGUUUGAGGCGUGUGCGGAGGUUCCUCACUGGUUUCUAUUGUACUUUGGAGUGAAAGUAUUGAACCUGGUUGCAGGCGUUCCUCUGAACGCCCUCGUGUUGUGGCAGAUUCUGAGGAAGAAGAGUGAAGGCUCAACUUCAGACAUCUUCAUUUUUAACCUUUCCAUCCUCGACGCCUAUUUUGGCCUCAUGACGCCAGUCGACCUUUCCAACCGGCUGUACUUCAACGAUCCGUCCAUCUGGUACUCGGUGCGUUUCGCCUACGGACUCAAAGACGUGACUCCGUUAUUUCUCACCUGUAUUUGUCUGGACAGGUACAUCGCUGUGGUCCAUCCCAUUCUCUUCACCGGGAUCCGUGACACUCGCAUCCGGAUCGGCAUCUCGGUGCUGGUGUGGGGACUCAUCCUAGCCUACUCUCUGACCAAAACCUUCUUAGGCGUCAUGAGCGUGAACGAGGUCUUCAGCGGAGUCAUCCUCUCGGCCUUCUUCAUCAUGGUGUUCUUCAACCUCUCCAUCAUCUGGGUCCUCAGGAAGAGCGUCGCAGGGAAAGAAGUCAUGAACCCGGUGAAGAAGAAGGCUUUUAAAAUGGUGCUUCUCAUCCUCGGCAUCAUCGUUGGGAACUAUCUGCCUCCUGUGGCUCUGAUGCCGUUUGCUUCCACCUACUCUUUCGUGACGUUCCGCUGUAAGAUCAGCCUCUGCGUCUUCUCCAUCAUGGACCUGAGCUGCACCGUCGAGCCUUUGCUCUACAUCUCUAAGAUGGAGCGCUCAGCAUUCUGUCAAUGCCUGCAGAGUCCCUCCAAGAAACCCAUCACCGUGAGCGUCUGA